GUGGCUCAGUUGUUGAGCAUCUGUCUUUGGCUUAGGUUGUGAUCCCCGGCCUGUGUCUCUGCCUCCCUCUCUGUCUCUCUCAUAAAUAAAUAAAAUCUUAAAAAAAAAAAAUCUGGUUCCCACACUAGAGCAAUUGAAUCAGGCUCUUGGAUGAGAUGAGAGGUUUUUAAGGUAAAAAUCCAGUUUUGAACCCCUCUCAAGAGCACCCAGUUGGAAAUAAGUACAAUAUAUCACUGCAUUGCAAUAGUGUAAUGGUUCUGAGUAUUUGAUAAAAUUUAUACAAAGGCUAUAGAGCAAUGUUUUACCCACAACUGCUUUCUGGUUUCUGCAACUUCAUCUCACAUGGACACUUUUUUGAGACUAGAUUCUGGGCCACAUAUCUCAGCCCAUUGUGGAUUCUUCCUUCUGUCCCUGCAGUCCAGUUUCUAUCUCUCCUUUUUAAAAUACUUGGCUCCGAGUUCCUGGUUUCCAGACUGAAUGUUUAUGCAAUCACACACACACACAAUGUUCUUAAAAUUUUAAAGCAUGCUUUUAUGUCGGAACUUGGAGAUUCUUUAAAAUGCAACUUUGAUCUUUACUUGAACAUCAUUUGACAGCAAAAGGAUUAAGCAACUGUGGAUUGCACCAUUAUCCCUGCAGUAUACAUGAGAACUUCAAGGAAUUAUAUAUCACAGGAAAGAAAAUGCAUUUAAUGGGACUGAAAGACAUGGAGGUUAGAAGGUUAGAAAGCUGACUAUCCGGUUUAUGUCCCCAGGGCAUGAACUAAUCGAAGUAUCUGUGGAACCUCAUGGAGUACAGGGAGUAAUCUUUUGUUCCUCACCUGUCUCAUGCUUUGCCAUUAGGAAACCUCUCUUCCCUUUCCCCUUGGAACAGAUAGAACAGUCUGAUUAUUUGCAGGUAAGCAACUGAAACUUGCUUUCUAUGAGAAGUUCAAUAGGAUAACGUAUUUAUCAUUUUUAGUGUAUUUUAUAUGGAUUACGCAAGGUUAGGAGUUAAUCUGUUAUAAUGUUUAUUUAGGAGAAAGUGAAAUGUUUUGUUUUAAGUUAUUCAGCCUCUUGAAUAUUUUCUUAUUAAGUUAUAUGUUUUUAAAAAUCAAAGGAUAUGUGCUAGGCUAUUAUUACAAAACAGGUAGAGAUGAAAAAUCAAAGAAUAUUAACAUCUUUGUGUCAAGUAAGUGAAUGAAUCAUUGUGUUAAAGGUAUGAAAGAAAUCCAGAUCACAGGAUAGAAAAAGCUUCAUCUUUUUUUUUUAAAUGAGCAUUAUAUGUGAAAAGCAUGAUUUUCACUCAUGCUUGGUAUAAAAAUGGAUACAAAAAACAGCAAGUUUCAUGCUUUGAGCUAAUUUGUCAUCUUGGACAUCAUCAUGGGAUAUAGAAACUAUAAUCUUCAUAAAAAUGAGAAACCAUUUUUGCUGCCUUUAGUAUCUUUUCAAAUAUUUUGGCAUUGCAAUUGAAAUUUUGUUAAUGUUUAGAAACUUAAAACCAUUUCAUCAUUUCCCUAAUACACAUUUCUUAGCAACUAUAUCUGCUCCAGAGAUACUAUGCCAUUAUGUAUAUGCUUCACAAGGAAGUAUCCUUUAUAACUUGCAAACUUGAAUAUCAAAAAAUAGAUUAGAUAGCCCCCGUUUUGAACUUCUUCACAAUUUUCAGCUGUAAUGCUUUUCAUUUACGUUUUUUAAAGAAAGAUUGUGGCUGGCCUUUUUUAGGGGGAAAAUAUGCCUGGCUCCCAGAAAUGACUAGGAUCCACAUAUCCACAUUCAAUGUUUUCAAAAUCACUGAAAAAUUAAAAUUUAAUUUUUUUUCAUUUUCGGUUUUCAUUCACUUUCAAGGUUUUUGUUUUGUUUUGUUAGUAAAAACAAAACAUUUAAACCAGUGCACAAACUGGUUUUCUGGUGAACCUGAAUUCACAGGAAAAAAAAAAAAAAGAUUGAAAAAAAAAAUCUGCAGUCACAGGUUCCUUUAAGACCAUACAGCAGUCCCCUUACAAAACCAUGUCUUGUUUGUGGUGAAAUGGAUCCUUACUUUAUCUGACGUCAAGUGACUAAAUUAUUGUUUUCCUCAGAAAGACUCUUGGCUAGGGUUUCCAUUUGUCUUUAUUUUACUUAGUAAGAGGUGUCUGUGACUAUUCACGUUCAGUAAAAGAAGAAAAGCAGAAGAGAGAAUCCACGUCUUCAAGAGACUAAGGGACAGAGUAUCGAAAUGGCCUGGAAAAUGUUCAAAAUUAACGUCAGAAAGUCAAAUGUUCACCAAGGGCUCAGCUGGGAAGAAAUAAAAGAAAAAUCAAUAUGCAAAGAAUGGCUUCAUUUUUCUAGAAGGUGACCCUCCAGGACAGUCCCUUAGCCAACAGCCUCGAAGUUCCAGAAACUGUCCCAAACCCUGAUGGUCAGCUCCGGCAUCUAUCUGGAACUCAGACUUCUUACCCAAUCUUUAUACCAGGGAAAUGCAUGUGGCAGUGGUGGCAACAUCCUUGGUACUGCUCCUAAGCAUGGCGUGGACCUCAGACUCUCUCUGCUCACCCACCAUUUUUUACAGAGACUGUUGGAUCCGUCGCUUUCCAGGUCUCUUGAUUGACCUGGAGGAGUCUCAGAAGCUGGGAGCUCAGUUCCUGAAAUAUUACUCUGAAAGCACUGGCCAGAAAUGCAGCAGGAGCUGCUGCCUUAGGAAGGAUGUUUCCUGUAACGUGGCUGUCUUCUACCAUGAUCCUAUUCAUGACAAUGUCAACUGCCUCCACAUUCACUGCCCAACAUUGGAGAGCUGCAUAUUAGAGCCUGGAACCAGUGCCAUUUUAUACAACAUAACAGAAGGUAUAGAUCCAGAUUUGCUGAUUUUUGAACAGUCACCUCCCACAUACCUAAAUACUCGUUCUUCAUCUAGCCCAUGGGACAAACUAAGGAUUCUAAAAGCUACGAAUUUAGAUAAACAACAAACCACCAUGAUAAACCAAAUGCUACCGUCAAUGGUGCCAUCAUUAACCACACAUCAAGAUUUGGUUGUCAACACAAACAAUAGCAGGUAUUCCAAGGAAUUAACCACAGGUUCUUGGGCAAGAUUCAUUUCCCUAAAUGACUCCAUUACCACAGAGAUAAAUACGGUGUCACACAGUACUGAUUUUAUCAACAAUCCAGAUAACAAGACUGUUUCUCCUUUCUUUGUUCCCAUAGACACAAAACUUUUUCAUAGGCCUAUUCCAUCCCGACUCAACAGUAGCAAGCAAUUACUAAACAAAACCAAGGGGUCCAACAGCAGAAACCACACAUCUGAGAAUGAAGACAUGACACCUGAUGGGACAUCUGUGAUAUCAAAGAUGUGGCUGGUUCCGGUGGCCCUCUGUACCUCUGUCAUCUUUCUUUGCUGUUGUAUAAUCAUCUUGGCAUCUGGAUGCUGCAGAAAGCAGCAAGGCCAGUAUAAACCAGGAAAGAGAAAGUCAGGAUCCAGACAAAUUAAAAAAAUUAACAUUCUAAAGGAGAACUUUUAAUAGCCAAAAUUACAGAGAGAUUGUAAGCUUUCAAGAGUAUCAUUUUUAGUUUUCUAUAGGACAAGGGCAGUGUGUAAAAAAAAAAUUGCACAGGAUGCUCACUCCUACCAAUCUCUGAAAAAGGCCAAUGCUUGAUAAACUUAACUGCUUUUUUUUUUAUUACUUCCAUUUUCUCGAGCAGUGUACCAAAGAUCCAAAAUCCUGACCCCUAGUUAUUGAGCACUGCAAGAGAGAUAUGCUUCUAUGUGCUGUACAUGUCUUCACUCAUUGAUAUAACUUUAUGAGUUAGCAUACUUUUAUUAACCAUUAUAGUAUUAUUAUAUUUUACAGAUAAGGAAAAUGGGAAGAGAGGCUAAACAUCCUGCCUAAAGUCACACAGGUUGUAUAGUGAAGCCAGGACUUAAUAGGUAAUCUGGUUCAAAAGUUCAUACUUGAAAUCACUAUUAGAUUAAAGGCCUCCAUUUUCCCAAAAAGCAUGGAAAAAAGAUACAGAGAGGAAAAUACUGUAACAUCAUUUGUCUGUCAAGGUCAAAUUAUUGUCAUGGACGUUAAUAAACUCUUUUAGUGGUUUGGACAGAAGAGCAUUAUUAUUAGAGUUACUAACCUAUGUGCAAAUGCUUUGUUAUAGUUUUAAUGUUCAAUUGAUGAAUUCUUCUUAAUCCUAAACUAUCUUCAUUUUUAAAAGCUGACAUGCCUUUAAAUAACUUUGGUACUGGAAUCUGAGUUUUGUGUUGAUCUCUGUUGAAUAAAGCUUGGGAGUUUUAGCUUACAUCCUUCACUUGUAUGCAUUCUUUUCCCAGGUGCAAAUAUUACCUGCAGGUAUUUCAGCUCUGUCCCAAUAUUAAACCAGAACUACACAGCCCCCUCAAAGUGCAGGCACUUUAAUUCAAGUCUCCAAUGAUUUGAAACUUUAGGCCCUUAAUCUAAUCCUUGAAACCUUUUUGAAAUGUGAGAAUAGAUAUUAAAAGAUAGCUAAUAAGCAUGAAGAAUAGAUAAGAAAAAAAUACUAUUACAGGAGUAAUAAAAUAGUACUGUUUUCUCUUGUAUUAAAUUGUUCAGUGGAUUAAGAGGUGUUUCU